AUGUGCUUAAGCACCGCCCUUGAUGUGAUUAAUCUGGUGGUGAAUACCGUCACCGAUCCUCCUGCUCAUUUUAGAGAUGACAUCGCCGACAAUAGCGCGAGCGAAUUCACCGGCCUGGUACACAGAGUAUCCGUUAAGAAUACCGUACAACAGGGCACCGGCAAAGAAGUCACCGGCACCAGAGGCGUUAACGACGGUGACACCGGUGGCCGGAAUCUCGAAUCGCCUACCGCGGAAAAUAAUGAGGGCGCCAUUCGUACCCAUAGUGAUGAUCACAGCCUUGUGCUGGAGCUUCUUAACAGAGGUAAGGUCCUCGAAGUACUCGAAAACUUCCUCAGGGGUGUCAAAGUUGUAAAGCCUCAUGUACUCCUCAAGGUUACCACUCAAGUAAGCAGAUUUCUCAGCAAUCGGCUUCAAGAGCUCACCGUACUUCCUGACGCACACAGUGUUAGCGAACAGGGUAAUGAUCUUCUUGCCACGGCUAAGAGCGGCGUCGACCAUCUUGUUGGUAAGAUCAACGUUGCUAGGGGAACCCAACAUGAAGCCGUUAACUACGUAGAAGUCGAAUUUGUCCAUGAUGCUCUCAUCCAGAUCGUCAGCAGUAAGGGUCUCCGCGGCACCAGAUACGUAGUACUUGCUGUAUUGGCCAUCAGGGGUAACCAAGGAGUAGAGGUGGCUGGUGUGCAUGUCCGGCCUGCGGAUGGUCUUCAUUUCAACACCGUUGUAGGUAAGGUAGUUGUCGAAUUCGUUAGCCAAAUCAUCCUUACCGAGCACUCCGAAGUAGGCAGCCUUGCCACCGCAGUAAGCGUACGCGCGCGCAGCGUUGGCUGA